GGCGGGGCCUGCGUCACGGGGCGGGGCCGGCAGCGUCUGGUAUCUUAGCAACAGCUACUGCCUUUCCGUUACUUUGUCUCAAGAGCUGUUACAGCUCGCACUUCUGGGACUGUCCAGGAUAGACAUGGAGGGCCUGAUGUUAAAAGCAAGCAACCUCUUUGCAUCAGAGGGUGACAGCUUGGUUACGGACACAGACUUGUAUGAUCAGGACAUCUAUGACGUCCCAGAUCCUGGGGUGCUCUCGGAAAGAAAUGACUUGGGUCUGGCGGAGGCACCAGAGGACCUACAGCUCUUUACAAGUUCCCAGAGGUGGCGGAAAAUGACGCUGCAUUCCCGCGCCCGACAGCUGUGGCUGCACCUACGUGCAUACCUCCACGACAUUGUGGAAAAGGAGAAGAGAGCAGAGCUGCGGGUCACUCGAAUGACACACGGGCUGGAGCCACUGCGUCGUCUGGAGGUGGCGGCUGGACUGCGCUCAGUAGCGCAGGACCCAGUGGGUGGACGCUUCCUGAUACUCGAUGGUGCAGGUUACCUGCAUCAGCAUACCAAAGAUGGCUGGGCCCAGGCGAAGCUGGAGGCUCCGGUGGUGCUGAACGGGCUGGUGACUGUGCCGGGCCCUCUGGGAGAAGUGGGCCGCUUUGUAGGCUGGGGCCCAGCCGGACUGACCAUAUUAGGGCAAGACUUCCGCCCGCUCUGGGUGAGCAAGGCACUGAACCAGGAGUCUUUUUGUUGCUUACCAGUGCCCAGCCGGGGACUGUUGCUUGUGGCCCAGGCGGGAGGCAGCGUGGAGCUCUGGAAGUUCCGAUCGGGUGGUCGCCGCCUGGUGUCCUGUGGCUCACCUUUGCAACCACCGCCAGGCUUGUCCGGCUCUCUCAAGCGGCUGGCUCUGGGGCCGGAAGCUGACCACGGCACCCGGCAUUGCUUUGCUGCCUAUGGCUCGGCGGUGCUCACUUUUGAUCUGGACUCCUGGACUCUAAGUAAUGUGUGCCAGGAUCUGCAUAAAACCAUCAUCUCGGACUUGGAGUACUGUGAGGAGGUAGAAGCCAUGGUGACAGCUUCCCGGGACAGUACUGUGAAGGUGUGGGAGGCUGACUGGCAGAUCCGGAUGGUAUUCGUGGGCCACACAGGCCCGGUGACAGCUAUGACAGUGCUCCGGAACAGCUCACUGGUAGUGUCCGCCUCGCAGGACGGGACGCUUCGCACAUGGGACCUGAGGGCCGCGGCUCAGGUGGGAGAGGUAUCACUGGGUUGCUGGAACCGAGACAUACUCUCUGAGAGAGUGAGCCAUCUGCUGGCUCCUGCAGGUCCUGGCUGGCCGGUGCUCUCUCUGUGCUCAAAGAGCGUGGAGCUGUGGCGGGUGUGUGACAUCUAUCUGCCCUUAGCACAGCUCUCAGCGCCGGUGCUCCAUAUACAGGUGGCGCCAGCGCUCCCGGCACCCGUGGAGCCGGCUCUGCCCUCUCGCCUUGUCUGCGCCUGUGCAGAUGGGUCAGUCUACCUGGUGUCAGCUACCACGGGACGAACUGUGAGCUCACUGCUGCUGGAUCCGGACGACUGUGCAGCUGGGGUGGUUUAUUGUUUGUCUCGAGAAGCGCUGUGGGUGUUGACGCGCUCCGGGCACCUCGUGCGGGCCAAUGCAGCACGCUGCCCUAUGGUGGUAACACACCGCCGGAGUCCGCUUCCACUGCCGGCAGCACAGCCCUGCUGCCUGCACCUCUACAGCCAUCUCACAGACCCCCGCAGCGCGUAUGCUUGCUGGCAGAUUGUGCACCAGAAUCAGGGCGACAUGCUCCGCAGUGCCAUUGCCUGGGCCUGGAAAAAUAAGAACAGGUUCUUACCGAUGAUGGGGUACUCAGACGGCACACUGUCUGUACUGGAUUGGCGCACAUCACAGACCAUCUUCUCCACAGAAGCACAUAUCCCAGGUCCAGUGACUGCUAUUGGGUCCACCUGGAAUAGCAUAGUGACUUCAGGUGGCGAUCUGACAGUCAAGAUGUGGCGUGUAUUCCCAUACGCGGAGGAGUGCCUGAGUUUGCUACAUACCUUCUCCUGUUGCCACCCGGUGGUAAUGCUCUGUACUCUGGGCAAGCGAUUCAUGGUAGGCUUUGAGGACCCGGAGAGCGCCACCUAUGGCCUGGUGCAGUUUGGCCUCGGUGACAAAAUGCGCUUUGACCACCGGCCACAGGACGACCCUAUGGACCACAUCACUGGCCUGUGCUGCUGCCCCACCCUCAAGCUAUACGCCUGCUCCAGCCUGGACUGCACCAUCCGAAUCUGGACCUGGGAGAACCGCCUGCUGAGGCUCCUGCAGCUGGAUGGUCCUCCUCAGAGCCUGGCCUUCUCCAACAACAGUGGAGACCUGGUACUCGCACUAGGUUCCCGCCUCUGCCUGGUGUCCCACGAGCUCUACCUGCCUACGUCCUAUCUGGUUAAGAAAUUCUGUCAGAAGACCCCUGAUGUGGUGAAUGACCCUCCGCUGCCACUCACCGGCUGGAAGUCCCUGACAACCUCCCAGCUGCAAAGGCUUGCCAGUCUACAAGGAGCAGCCAACCUCAGUGUGCCCUUGCCCUUCACCCAACAGCAAACAGCAACACUUCAGCAGCCAGUGUCGAAGGAGGACUUGAAGGAUAUCAUAGCCCGGGAUCAAGACCUUCAAGAACUGAGGCAAGGAAUGGUAGCCCCAGCAGCUCGGCCCCAACUCUCCUGGAAGCUGCGUGAGGAGGCCUUUGACAAUUACUUACAUCUGAUCUACGGUUGUGACCUGCUGGACAUAAAAUCUGCAAGGGAAUCCCUGCAGUGGGGCGCUGCGGGCCCCACCACAGAGUCCCAGGACACGGGCACCCAGAUCAGAGCCGCCAUCAGUGGUGCGCAGGUUACCUUUAGCGAUGAGGUUCAGCCAGUGGGCCCACCUGCAGCCUUCCAAACCCCAGGAGCCCCAGGCAGGCGCUUUGUCCGCCCUCCCCGAGUCUCCUUGCCUCUUCCACCUAUUCACCGGGCGGUGCAUAGCCAGGCAUCCCAGCUUCUAGCACGUUCCUCCCUGAGCUAUGAGCUGGGCCUUAGUUUGGAUCUGCAGGUGCAGUAUGAUCAGUUUGGAGGAGAGAGCAUGGACCUGAGCACAUCACCUUACUACCUGCAGCGGAGGGUUCCCCUGCUGCUGCACAGAAGGCCCCAAGAACCUCUCUCAAAUGUAGGGGGCUUCUUUCCUGCCACCAUACAGCCCUACAAGCAACGCACCCAUUCCAUCCAUUUUCCUGGCUGUGUGCCCAACUCGGUGAUACUGCAGCAGAUGUGGUUGCAUGCAGAGGUCAGCCGCCUUGGCUCCCUAGCAGAACUCGCUACCCCAAGCCGAUUCAAGCCAUCCAGAAGGCGGGGUGACCAGUGGCUAAAGCGCAGAAAGCAUUCUACUGGCAGGUGGCGAAAGAAACUGAUGUACUGGCUUUACAGGUCACGUAAGAAAGGGGGAGACGAGAGUGAUGACGAGGAGGAGGAGGAGGAGGACGAGCUGGAGCUUGAAUGGGCCUCCUCUUCCCCAACUUCUGAGGAGCAGCCAGAACCCUGGGAGCCAGACACUCAAAUCUCCAAGAGCGUGACCAAAAAACCUCACCGUGAUGUCUCCAAGUCCAAGACUCACUUGGCUUCCCGUCCUCAACGCCGUGUGCGCUCACUCUGGGAAGAGCGCUAUGGGCAUUUGCCCAGGUUCCUGCAUUAUUUUGUUAUCCAGAACUGGUUCAAAAAGCUGUUCCCUAUCUUUACCCUGGAGGUUAGGAGACUCGGGGACGCCCGGGCUUGGGGUGGGGGAGAAGAGAAGGCGGGGGCUAGUCUGCAUGCAGAGUGGAGUUGGGGAUGGGCAGGGCUUCAGCAAGUCUUCCCACAGGCCUAUCCAGAGAUGGGUACCAUAGAGGGCUUGGCCUCGACGUUUGUGGACUUCCUGCCGCAGGCUUCCUGGGCAGAACGAGUGAGUAUUCUAAAUGCCCUAAUGAGGCUGUUUCCUGAUAUAAGCAAUGAACUUCGCAGCCGGCUGCAGGCCAAGCUCUUGUACUUGCUCAACCAAGACCAGCCCCCUAGCCUGCAGGACAAGACGCAGAAGCAGUUCGUGAUGAUGGCGCUGCAGUUGCUCCUAGCCUGCAGCCUGGAGGCCCUUGAUGUGGUGUUGGAGAUCAUGUCCUUCUACCUCUAUGCUCCAGCCGAUUGUCAGCAAGACUUCAAGAAUCUACUGGAGAGGCUGGGCCUCCAGGACACACAGGGUAUCCUGUACAAGGAGAUGACAGCCUGGGCUGAGAACGCCAACUUUGACUCCAAGGCCACGAUACGGACAUACUGUCAUCAGAAGCUUGAGGAAAUUAUCCUCCAGAUGAAUAGCUUGGAGCAGUCUAUAGCCAGUGUUUCUAUAGAGCCUCCCAGGGAGGGCUCCUCCCAAGCCUCCCUCAUCUCUGCGGCACCCUUGCCUGCCUUGAGCACCUCUUGGAUACCCUCACGGGCAUCGGAAUUGUCCUUGCGCAUUCACGAGCUGAUGGUGCCUUCGCCUGUGCCUUCGCCUGUGGGGCCGGUGGGGUCCACCCAAGAACUCCAGCUUGCAAACAUAAAGGCGUAUUCACGCAUCCGGCCAACCAAAAGAGUACUCGCGGAUGCGCUGCUGGCCCUCUCUUCUGUGUCUGAGGACUACCUGAGUGUCCCCGUGCCUGCUGCACUAAGUAGAGGGCCACUGCCAUCGGAGGCCACACCGCCACUAGAGGAAAAGGCGCAUCUGGAAGACACAGAAUGGGCACGCUUUCAGAUAGUGGACCUGUUCCACAUUGAUGCGCUUAAUUUCUUCUGUGAGAAGCACCGGGCACAGCAGCAGAGCUUGAUGGAGGAGGAGGAGCACCUACGGGUCUCACCUCUAGGCCCGCUAGGGCCCAAUAUUGUGGUGCGGCCGCCCCGGGAUCGAUGGCUCUAUCCCAUUCUUCGGCUGCAGGAGACCAAACACAGCUUUGGGAGGUUUCUCAGGGGUCACAGGCUGUACCGCCAGGGCCCAGCUCCUGAUGGCCCCCUCCGGGUGCUGAAGCUGCCACUGCCACGGGUGGAGUUACAGCCUUUUCCCCCAGGUUGGCCUGCGCCCCCACGGGCGCUGCCCCCACUGCUCAUGCAGCCCACUCUGCAACGCUACUUCCUGUUCGAAGACACAAACCCGGACACCUAUAGUUGACCCGGGGGACAGACAGUCAAGGCUCCAUGGCCAACGCCCAGUCCUACCACCUUGGCAAAUCACAGUACCAUGUUUGGUCUAAAUUAAAAUAUAUAUACAUAUA